AUGUCGUCCCCGCUCCUCCCUCUCGUCGUCUUGAGCGCGCCGACGCUGCUCAUCGCCGCCGCGUCCAUCUCACUGCACCAGUUCAAGGUGUUCUUCGUCGCGUUCGUGAACCUCGCCGCGCGAAGGCAAGGCAGCGCGGCGUGGAAGCUGAUCCAGCCGACGCUGAGCAACGUCGCGAGCGCGAUGGAGGGGACGCUGGGAACGGCCGCGGGGUUUCAUCCGAACGUCACGCACGUGAUGCUCGUCGCGACGAUGCUCGCGGUGAUCGUCGGCGCAGAGCGCGUCCGCGGGGCGGUGCUGGAAAAGAGGCGGUGA